GACUCCACCAGAAUGUUCAGUUUUUGGCUCCGGGUUUCUCCGUGGAGGAGAUUGACGAGGACCAGAGCAGCCACCGGGCAGAGAUGGAUCGGCUCUGCUUCUACACAGGACACGUGCUGAACCACAGCGUCGACUCCUUCGCUUCACUCAGCAUCUGCACUGGGCUGGUUGGUUUCAUCCAGAUUGGAUCCGAACAGGUGCAGAUUCAGCCAGUGAACGCUUCCGAGACCUUGUUUGAUGGGAAGGAGCACUUUGUCAGGCGCAGACGCUCCACCAGAUCGGCCCGUACCGCCAAGGUGGAGGAAGGCCCAGCUGAGCACUGCACAGUGGUGUCAGAAAAGAAGAGGCAGAAGAAGGCAAAGCUGACCAAUGACUGGAGGGAACGGAGGAAUGCUAUCCGGCUCACCAACGAAUACACAGUGGAAACGCUUGUGGUGGCGGAUGCUGAUAUGGUUCAGUACCAUGGGGCAGAUGCAGCUCAACGAUUCAUUCUCACUGUCAUGAACAUGGUGUACAACAUGUUUCAACAUCAGAGCCUUGGGGUUAAAGUCAACAUUCGAGUGACCAAGCUUGUUUUGCUGCGAAGUCGUCCGGCCAAGCUGUCCAUUGGGCACCAUGGGGAGAGGUCUCUGGAGAGCUUUUGCCACUGGCAAAACGAAGAAUAUGGUGGCGCAAAGUACCUUGGAAAUAAUCAAGUUCCUGGAGCACGAGAUGACACCCCUCCAGUGGAUGCUGCCGUCUUUGUGACCAGGACAGAUUUUUGUGUCCACAAAGAUGAACCCUGCGACACUGUGGGGAUUGCCUAUCUAGGAGGCAUCUGUAGUGCGAAGAGGAAGUGUGUGCUUGCAGAGGACAAUGGGCUGAACCUGGCAUUUACCAUUGCACACGAACUGGGACACAACAUGGGGAUGAGUCACGACGAUGACCACUUGUCUUGUGCUGGGAGAUCGCACAUCAUGUCUGGAGAAUGGGUGAAAGGCAGGAACCCCAGUGACCUCUCCUGGUCCUCCUGCAGCCGUGAUGACCUUGAAAAAUUUCUCAAGUCCAAGGUCAGCACCUGUUUGCUAGUGACAGACCCCCGCAGCCGAUAUGCUGUGCGGCUUCCAUACAAACUUCCAGGGAUGCAUUACAGCGCAGAUGAGCAGUGCCAGAUUCUCUUUGGGACCAAUGCAACCUUCUGCAAGAAUAUGGAGCAUUUGAUGUGUGCUGGUCUCUGGUGCCUUGUGGAAGGAGAAGCAUCUUGCAAAACUAAGCUGGACCCUCCCCUGGAUGGCACAGAAUGCGGGGUGGACAAGUGGUGCCGGACUGGGGAGUGUGUCAGCAAAACUCCCAUCCCCGAACACGUCGACGGUGACUGGAGCGUGUGGAGCCAAUGGAGCUUAUGCAGCAGGACUUGUGGGACUGGCGCCAGAUUCCGGCAACGCAAAUGUGACAAUCCACCCCCUGGCCCCGGAGGCAAAAACUGCCGUGGUGCGAGUGUCGAGCACACCGUUUGUGAAAACUUGCCCUGUGCUAAAGGGGUGCCCACUUUCCGAGACCAACAGUGCCAGUCUCAUGACAGAUACACCAACAAGAAGAAAAGCCUUUGGACAGCUGUGGUCAUGGAUGACAAGCCCUGUGAACUCUAUUGCUCCCCAGUCGGGAAGGAAUCUCCUGUUCUGGUGUCAGACAGGGUGGUCGAUGGCACUCCGUGUGGGCCCUACGAGACUGACCUCUGCGUUCAUGGCAAGUGCCAGAAAAUUGGCUGUGAUGGGAUCAUUGGCUCAGCUGCCAAAGAGGAUCGCUGCGGCAUCUGCAACGGAGACGGCAAAACCUGCAAAGUGGUGAAAGGUGACUUCAACCAUACGAAAGGGAUGGGUUAUAUCGAAGCAGCCGUAAUCCCUGCCGGGGCUCGACGGAUCCGUGUGAUGGAAGAUAAGCCUGCCCACAGUUUUCUAGCGCUGAAAGAUUCCAGUAAGAAAUCCAUUAACAGUGACUGGAAAAUUGAACUUCCGGGUGAGUUUCAGAUCGCAGGAACUACUGUCCGGUAUGUGCGGAGAGGCCUGUGGGAGAAAAUCUCAGCCAAAGGACCAACUAAAAUACCUCUCCACUUGAUGGUGCUGCUCUUCCAUGACCAGAACUAUGGGAUCCACUACGAAUACACCAUACCUGUGAACUAUUCCACUGAGAACCAAAGCGAGCCAGAAAACCAGCAGGACUCCUUGUACAUCUGGACACACAGCGGAUGGGAGGGUUGCAGCGUGCAGUGUGGGGGAGGAGAACGUAAAACCAUCGUGUCCUGCACGCGAGUUGUCAACAAGACCAUGAUGUUGGUGAACGAUAGCGCCUGUCAGCGGGUGACUCGUCCCGAGCCCCAGGUUAGAAGAUGUAAUGUACAUCCCUGCCAGUCGAGAUGGGUGGCAGGGCAGUGGAGUCCUUGCUCUGCAACUUGCACCAAAGGUAUCCAGUAUCGAGAAGUGGCAUGCGUCUACCAGCUGCAGAACGGCACCUACGUCAACACCCGGGAUUUCUACUGCCUUGGCCCCAAGCCAACUCCAGUGCAAAGCUGUGAAGGCCGCGAUUGCCUUUCCAUCUGGGAAGCAUCGGAAUGGUCAAAGUGCUCAUCGGAUUGUGGGCGGGGGAAACGGAAGCGAACCGUCACAUGUACCAACUCGCAAGGGAAGUGUGAUGCAGCCACGAGACCGAGGGGCGACGAAGAGUGUGAGGAUCUCACAGGCUGCUACGAGUGGAAGACGGGGGAUUGGUCCAAGUGCUCUUCGACGUGCGGGAAGGGCCUCCAGUCCCGCGUGGUGCAGUGCAUGCACAAGGUGACGGGUCGUCACGGCAACGAGUGUCCCGCCCUCUCCAAGCCCGCAGCCUAUCGACAGUGUCACCAGGAGGCCUGCAACGAGAAGAUCAACGUCAACACCAUUACCUCUCCUAGGCUUGCGGCCCUGACAUACAAGUGCACAGGAGACCAGUGGACAGUUUACUGCCGGGUGAUCCGGGAGAAGAACCUUUGCCAAGACAUGAGGUGGUACCAGCGCUGUUGCCAGACCUGCAGAGACUUCUAUGCCAACAAGAUGUAGCAGAGGAAUUCAUGAGACCCAUCUUUGCUUCGUAGGGUAUUACAGCUCAUAUGUACUUCUUCACACAAGGCAUCAUUAACUUAUGGAUCUCCGCCAAGAGAUAAAGGCACGGCCUCUUAGCUUAGAUGGCUUUUGUUGUUGUUGUUUAAGGAUUAGACAAAUCCAUGGGGGACCAGUCCAUCAAUGGCUCUUAGCCAUGAGAGCUAAAUGAAACCUCCAUGCUCCAAGGCAGCUUACUUCUGAAUGCCAGAUGCAGGGAAGAAACUGCAGGGGGGCGGACAGCACCCCUAGCUGGCCGCUAUUUAAAACAGACUGCUUGACGAGAUAGACCUUGGGUUGAUCCAGCAAAGUAGUUCUAAGCUGCAAACGUCCCAGGUCUGCCUACCAGAUUUCCAGCCAAUAGCUUGAACUUGGUGGAUUCCAACACUUACCUAAUAAGACUUGAAACUCCUUUUGCAGACUGGAUGUACCAAAGCAAUCCACCGUAGGAAAAAGAAGAAGAAUUCAUCUCAACGCCAAUCAUGUAGAAUUUUAUGAUGUUUUGACAUGGCUACAAUUUUUUCUCUCUCUUGAUAAUAUAUAGAUUAUUUCCAGCCACUGGGUGGCUUGCUACCAUUUUUCUUUUUUAAAAAAAGGAAAAGAUUUUGAAAAGUGAUUAAAUUGACUAAAGUUACGUGUACCUCGACAGGGUAAAGCCUCUGGCAAAUAACUCAGUGUAGAUAGAGACAUGACUUAAUGCUUCAGCCUUGGCUUCUAGCUCUUAUUCUCAGCGCUAACUGCGGGUGGGGGACGGGUGCCUUGUAAGCGGGGAGCCAUUGAUGAAACGCUUAAUUUUUAAAAAGAGGCUUUGCGAGAAAAGUCCAUUAAAACCCACAGCAAUGGAUGGCUGUGUCUGUAGUCUCUGUAGGGAGCCUUCUGCAGCCACAGCCCACAUUCCACUGAGUAUAAUUUUAAAGGAACAGAAUGAAAAAAGAAUUUUAAAAAACUAAUCAACUAAAAAAAGAAAGAAAGAAAUCAAGAACUUUCCUCUUCCCUGCUGGCCUUUUGGGUCUUGUAGUGCUGAGGUGGUGGCAUCAGGGAAUAGGAGUCGAUCCGCUUUUUCAUCGGUGGUGUUUUUGGCCAGAAGCAAAGAGUUCUGACUUCAUGGGUCACUCUCUAGACAGGAGGUCUCACCCUAAAUUCUCCUCCCUUUCUAUUCCUCCAUCUGCACUAUGAUCGGAAUAUCGUUUUCUCAUUUCUUAGUGGUGGUGGGAAUUCUUCUUCCCUGCCCCCCUCCAAAAAGUUUGUUUUUUUAAAAAAAAAUCAGGAGACAAAAUGUUGUUGCAGAGUUCCUGUAAAGCACACAGAAGCAUUACUUUUCACAGCUCCAGUCUAUGGAAAGCAGUGGUGUGAGAAGAUUGGAGUGUUUACCUUUUUCAGUGGCGGUGCCGAUUCGAACUUGCUCUGUUAGAGCAUCCGGGACGAAUGAGCCUUGACAGUCCCUCCUCCUGUCAUGCUCAAGGGAUGCCAAGAACAAGCUGUGAAUCACUGGGCUGACUUCCCCUGAGCACUCUGGGAUAACAAACAUCACAACUCAACUCUCCUGGAAGACCAAGCUAGUAUCACAACAUUCUGGCAUCUGUAAUGCAGAACAAUCGGGCAGGCAUGUCUCUGGCUUGAUUGGCUUAUACUUGCAAAGGAGCAUGAAGUGUAUAUCAGACAUGCAUAUCGCCACUAGAGAGACAUGCAUAACCCUUACAAUGCUGUAUGCUGGAACUGAUCCACAAUCGAAAUUGGAAGUUUUGAAAGUGGGACAGAUGUCACAGAAUGAAUGGGAUAUUCCAGGGUCUGCAAGGAAAACCUGGUCUCCUGUCCAUGGUUCCAAGAUGGAGAAAAGCUUAAUGGUGCUCAAAAUUCAGGGCAACUUUCUAGCCCUUCUCAUGGCAAUGGGAACUUUUGCAAUGAAUAUCAUUGGAGCAGGAGGAAUCUGUUCAUUUGCUUGAGUUUCAGUGGUGCUAACCUCCUGCUCCUAACUUAUCAGGUCAUCAGGGGUUGGGGUUGGGGGACGGGGACAGUAUUCUGUGGUCCUUUCUUUACCUAACAGAUGUACUGUCUGUACACGAUGGGGCCAUAGCUGAAUGGUAGAGCAUCUGCUUUGCACACAGAAGGUCCCAGGUUCAAUCCCUGGCAGCAUCUCCAGGUCGGGCUGGGAGAGACUCCUUCCUGAAGCCCUGGAGAGUUGCUGCCAGUCAGUGUGGGCAGUACUGAGCUAGAUGGACCAAUGGUCUCACUCGGCAGAAGGCAGCUUCCUAUAUUCCUUUUCUUAGAAAAGGCAUUGGUGAUGCUGCGCCGUAGUGAAGGAUACCCUCACGCAUGGCUUGUGAAACACUGUAGGAAAUCAGGUGUUGACUAGGUGGGCCCUUUGUCAGACCCAACAGGGCUCUCCUUUUCUUCCAUGCUGUGUAGCAAACUCUCUGUUGAAACACAGAGGUGUUUCCAAAGCAGUUGUUGAGAUGGCCCAAGGGUCUGCUGUUCAAAGAAAAACAUAUUUUUUUAAAAAAUCCCAUGGGGCUAAUGCAAACUCUUUGGCAUACUAAAAGUCGCUCUCUGGAUCCAGGCUUUAGGCAGAAACCCUCUUUGGUUGAAAACAAAUGGAAAGCAAAGGCUUCAUUUCAGGAUGGUUUUUCCUCCUUCAGCUUUUCAGCCAGACGCCAUUCACAAUGCACCUCAGUUUUUUGUAUUGGUUUGCAGACACUUAUUCCUAAGAGUAAGUAAGUAAGUUUAUUGCAGUCACAGACCAGAUUAACAAUUAAUAGCAUUAAUAAGAAAAUUCAAGAAAUGUCAAAGUUUACAAAAUCACAAACCGUUCAAAUUACUAAUACAGUCUUUAGGGAGCUUCAACGUCACGAAAGAGAACUUUGCCACAUUAUCUGAAAUUACAAGUUUAAAAUUGGUCAGCAUCGUUUCCAAAUAAAAUUGUUCUGUAUGACCAGGAUAAAUGGCUAAAAGAGGAGCAAUAAAUUUGGUGCGAGCGUCCUUGUAAAAGUGGCAAUAAAGUGGAAACGCAGUGCUACAAAUUCUACUACUAGGUACGUGCAUUUGUUCUCAGAACUAAUGGAGAGAGAUGCAAAUAGGCCCAUUGGCUUUCCAUUGACUCUGAAGUUAAAGCACUCUGGAACAAGUGGCAAAAAGGGCGGUGGAGGGUGGUGUUUCUGUUUCUUAACCCCCUAACCCACUUAUUUUCCUUAUUAUUGGUUUUGUUUAGAAAAAAGAGAAUGAGCCCUUUCUCACUGCUCGUGGGAAAGGGCUACCCAGUUUGCAGAGAGGAAGCCUGAAAGCACUUACCUCCUCGCAGACCAUUGAGCCGUCAUCCCUGGGUGGGCCUGCUCACCGGCUGCUCACACGAGGACUGGUUGCUCCGGGGGCCGGGACACGUUGCCCUGCCCUCCAGAACUCCAAAAAUGCACCAUGCGAGGGUGUGAUGGUGCGUUAUGGAGAUCUCCCCUCCCUGAGUCUGCCAGCCGUGGCUGACACACAAUCAAUAAAACCGGAGGCUCCGUAGACAGGUUUGCCACCGUGGUGCCGCUGAGAUCAGGGUCAAUCCCGGUGGCUCA